CUAAAAGCAAUAUCAUAACACAGGAAAAAAAAUCAUAAUCAUUUUUUUUGCAUCUUCUUCUUCUUCUGAAGCUUCCUUCAUCAUUUCCAUGGCAGUUUAGGGUUUCUCUCUCUUUCUCUGUUUCUCUUCAAGUUUUUCACCUGCUUCUUCUGUAUUGUGGAUUUCAUACGCUAAACUCUCGAUGAUUUCAAUGUGCUUACUUGCAGGUUUUUAUGUCACUUAGAUGGUAAAGAAAGGGAUGUACACUAGUCUGGUUUGAAUUCUGAAAGCUGGAUUGCGGAUUCAUUGUGCUUGAGUUGAGAGCUUGUGGUUUCUGAAACUAUUUGUGAAAUGAAUCACAAUAGACUUUUUGGUUGAGAGUAAAAUUGUUUCUGUUAUUCAUACUACACUGAAUUUAGUGGAGGAAAUUAUCUCCAAUGGGCUCAUAUUCGGGAACUUGUGAAAUUGUUGAAGCGAGGGAUGACGUAAGUACAGUGAAAGAUGCAAGGAUAUAUCCGUCCAGUUCUGGAUAUAGUGUAGCUGAGAAAAAUCAGAAGCUUCCUUCGCUGAAACUGGGAUACAAGGAUAAUCUCGAUGAUGAUAUUAAUAAGCUGUUUGAAACAAUUUCUCUGAGAUCUUCGUCAAGGGAUUUGAGCUAUCUACCAGAUGGAACAAGUCCAAAGUUGAAAAGCGCGUUAAAAAAGCCAAUGACAAUGGGUGUACCUCGAUCUCCACGAGUUGGGAUUUCUGAGCCGGUGACUUUGAAACAGGCAUUAAGAGACCUUUGUAUAUCUAAGGCAUCGGAAAUGGCUGCUAUGAAAAGGUUAUCAAAGUCAGGAGCUUCUCCAAGAAUAUCAGAGGCCGGGAAGAUACAGACAUUGUACAAUUCGGUUGUCACUGAUGCUAGGAGAUCAGGGCCUUCUAACGUUGACAGUAGUAAAAGGAGUUCAACUGAAAUAUCUCCGGUGCUGGAAGAAAGCAAGUCGCUUGGCUUGAAUAAAGAAUCACAGUCUCUUCAAACUUCCGAAAGUGUAUUGAGCCAAAAUGUUCAGUCUUCUGAAAUUCCAGUUGCAACUGCAGAAAAUGAUACAGGGGCUUCAUUGAUGCGAAGUGAUUUGGAAUGUUCAUCAAGUAAAGUUGGGGUUUCAUCCCAAUCAUCAGAACCUAUUCAAAUGGAAAAACAAAUGUCUGCUUCUUCUCCACCUUGUUGUAACACCAAUGGAAGUAAAGUAGAGUUGCCUGAAAAAGAUUCUUCCCCUAAAAAAUUAGGAAAUAAAGCAUCUAUACGGAAAGGUAUAUUGCAAACAACAUCUUCCUCAUCUACUUCAAUAAAUGGCAAUAGAGUGUGUAAACUUUCGCGCCACAGCCCCCGAGCAGUAAAAUCGAUCAUAAAAAACAAGAGUUUGGGUAAGAAGAAACCAAAGCAGGUUUCUGAUUCUGGUUUACAUGUUUCUCCGUCAAAUGAAGCAAAUAACAAGUCAGUUCCCGCCACAACUCCACUUGUUUGUGAGAGAUGUUGGUGUGAAAUAGAAAACAGCAAAGGUAAUAUAACACCGGGACCUGCAGAUGGAAUAAACUUGAAGAGCAUGCUCUCUGGGCCAGCACCAACUAGUUGUAACAACAGCGGAGAAGUUGCAAAAGUGAAAAAGAAUGGCAGAUUGAAAGAGCAGCUUGAAUUUUCACAAAGUUCAAAGAGUAGCCAAGGUGACUACAGCAGUAGUACAAGUACCAGCGACGAGAGUAAUGUCAGUGGUUCUAGUUUUGGCAAUAGGCCUCACAUGUCAAAGGAUUUUAGAUGGCAAGCCAUACGAGAUGCUCAAAUGCAGCAUGGAGUAUUAGGCUUGAGAAACUUCAAUCUUUUGAAGAAACUUGGUUGUGGAGACAUUGGUACCGUAUAUCUUUCUGAACUAAUUGGCCAAAAUUGUUUGUUUGCUAUUAAAGUAAUGGACAAUGAAUUUUUGGCACGAAGGAAGAAGAUGCCUAGGGCACAAACUGAAAGGGAAAUAUUACGAAUGCUGGAUCAUCCUUUUCUUCCAACACUUUAUGCACAGUUUACAUCAGAAAAUCUGUCAUGUCUUGUCAUGGAGUAUUGUCCCGGAGGAGAUCUUCAUGUUCUACGUCAGAAACAGCUUGGCAGAUGUUUUUCAGAGCCAGCAGCAAGGUUUUAUGUUGCUGAAGUCCUUCUUGCUUUGGAGUACUUGCACAUGCUCGGAGUUGUUUACCGUGAUCUGAAACCAGAGAACAUUCUUGUUCGAGAAGACGGUCACAUUAUGCUCACUGAUUUUGACCUUUCACUCAGGUGUGACGUUAGCCCAACACUUCUGAAAUCAUCUUCUGAUAUAGAUCCUGCCAAGGUUUCUGGUACAUGUGCAAAGUCAAGCUGCAUUGAGCCAUUCUGCAUUGAACCAUCUUGUCAAGUUUCAUGCUUCAGUCCUAGAUUCUUACCACCUGGGGCGAAAGCAAGGAAACUCAAAGCUGAUCUUGCUGCUCAUAUCAGAUCAUUGCCACAGCUUGUGGCAGAGCCCACGGAUGCAAGAUCAAACUCAUUUGUUGGUACUCAUGAAUACCUAGCUCCCGAGAUCAUCAAAGGAGAGGGACAUGGAGCUGCAGUUGAUUGGUGGACUUUUGGUGUUUUUCUGUACGAGCUUUUAUAUGGUAGAACACCCUUCAAAGGUUCUAAUAAUGAAGAAACAUUAGCCAAUGUCGUGUUGCAAAAUCUCAGAUUCCCUGAUAGCCCAUUUGUUAGUUUCCAAGCAAGGGAUCUUAUCAAAGGGUUGUUAGUUAAAGAGCCUGAAAAUCGAUUGGGUACAGAGAAAGGGGCUGCAGAGAUUAAACAACAUCCGUUCUUCGAGGGGCUUAAUUGGGCUUUAAUACGUUGUGCUAUUCCACCAGAACUUCCAGACCUUUGUGAAUUCGAGUUGGGAGUUUCAGACAUGAUCGCACAGUCACAAAGCAAGGGUGGUAAAUAUUUAGAGUGUACAACAACAGGUGGACAAGUGGAAUUUGAGUUGUUUUAGAGGAUGUUUCUCUUAGUCAACAGUGGCAUUCUUCCUGUGGAUUCGUUUUCGGGUCUAUGGGAAGCUAAUCAACAUGUAACCAUUAUGUAAGCCUAUGUUGUAAAUUAGUUUUGAUUAUAGCACGGUAAAAUGUGCUUUAUAAGGUGUAGGAGGUUCAGGUUAUAUGGCAACUUGAUAGUCUGAAAGAAGAUAAGCUUUAUAACUAAAAAUGCCAAUAAUCCAUCAAUUCCUAUGCUGAA